ACUACUAGGGUUCCUGCAUUUGCGAAUAAAAUUGCAGAUGCAGCUAAUCUCAACAGUCUUCUACAUUAUAAGGCAUAACUUCUAUCACAGAAGCGUCUAGGUGUAAAUUUCGCAGAUACCAUAACGCUCGUGCUUACUCUAGAAACAGCUAAAAUGAUUCUAAACACCGCCACAGAGGCUUUUCCUAUGUUAUUAGGCUCUUCCAAGUUGGGGCUGGUACUAGUUGUAUUACUCUUACUCCCGUCUACGACUCUUGUGCUAUGGCGACUCUGGGCGUUUACUAUUAAGCCCAUUCUCCAUCCUUCUGAACCCAAAGAACUCCCAUACUGGAUACCAUGUACGUUUUUCCAAAAGAGAUUCUAGUUGAGAUAUUAAUGUAAUCAGGGCUCGGUCACGCGAUCGAAUACAUCAAGAAUGGCCAGAGGGUCAUCACCAAAGCACGGCUCUACUUCCACGAUUCUCGAGAGCCAUUUGCAUUGACUCUGGGCGGCGAGAAGCUGUAUUUUUUGACAGCACCCGAGGAUGUAGUAAUGCUGUACAGAAAUACUGAGUCAUUGGCCUUCGAUCGUAUCGUACACGAACUCGGUAUUACUUUCGGCGUCUCGCGGUUGGCCAUGGAUGCUGUGUACAGACCACCAGUUGACGACAGCGACGAUGCGCCUGCGCAAGUCAUGGCUAUAAAGAACCCCAAGCGAAAGAGUUUGGCACACCUCAACAAUGACUUCUGGAAGCAACAAUUAGUCCCUGGUCAGCACUACUACGACCUACAGGAUAAGUUCUUCACACUACUGACUGAUUCAUUGAGACCGGAGCGAGUGCGAUCUGGUGGGGCAUAUGUUAGAGCCCGAAAUACGGACGGCUCCUUCACAGUAUCCCUACAAGAAUGGACCCGUGAAGUCCUCAUUGAUGCAGCCGUGCGAGUCUUCUUCGGGCAUAAGCUUCUGGACAUGAGUCCGGAUCUGAUCACCGACUUCGUAGCUUUUGACGAGCACAACUGGAAAUUGUGGUACAAAUGGCCAAAUGCGACAGACAUGUUUGCCGCUAAGAGCCGCUUAGCGAGUGCAAUAGAGCGCUGGCUGUGUCUUAGUGACGAAGAACGCGGGGAGUGCUCAUUCAUUGUAGCCACGAUGAUAAGUACACAGCGCGCAAUUGGCAUGAGCGAUAAGGACCUAGCCAAGGUGUUGUGCAUGGUUGUCUUUGUAACGAAUACAAACACACCACGAGUGUGCUUCUGGAGCUUAGCAUACUUGUUUCACUCAAGGGAACUUCCGUCAAGAGUAUACGAGGAAAUCGAAUCAGCUAUGGCGAAGGAUUCCACGAAAGAGAAGCUAUCCUUUCUCAUGGAUUCUUCUCCAUGGCUAGCGGGUCUGUUUCACGAGACUUUGCGCCUGUGCAGCGCCAGCUCAAGUAUUCGACUUGUUACUGCCCCUACUAAGAUCGGUGGAAAGAUCCUACCAGUAGGCUCGCGGGUAAUAGUGCCAUUCCGCCAAAUGCACUUUGAUGAGCGGGUUUUCGGUGGCGACAUCGAAGCCUUUCACCCAGAACGUUUCGUGGAGAACAAAGGACUGGUAAACAGCACUAGCUAUCGUCCGUUUGGUGGAGGUAUUAGUUAUUGCCCUGGAAGAUUCAUCGCAAGGCAAGAGGUUUGUGUCUUCAUCGCCUUGUUGCUUAAGGGCUACCAAACGGAGCUCGUAGGUGAUAGAAAAUUCCCAAAGCUUGAUGCAGGAAAGCCAACGACGGGUUUAAUGGAUGCGAAAAUCGGCGAAGAAGUUUUACUCAAAUUGACACCGCGUAGCUAGAAGACCAUGGCAUACCAAGGCAUUUAUAUAAAUAUGUGCCGAAUUUUGGCUUUGAAUCAAGGCAAUGGAAGCAUUUCUAUCAAAAAUCUGUCCAUGCUCACUAAU